UUCUUUUGAAAGUCUUGGACCCAUUGUUUCAUGGAGGCGGAGCAGAGAAGCCUGUUCCCAGUAUGAUCUACCCGGUCCCCAGACACCCACGGGCUUCUUCUCGGGAAGGGCAGGGGGAUGUGGAAAAAAUUCUGGUUCCCUCCCCUUGAGGCUGCGGGCUUUCGCUUUCACUUCCUUCUCGGAGAGCGGGCAGAUCUCCGGGUCUAGGCAAUCAUGGCGCUGCUGGAGGUGUGCGGAGCCCGGCGAGGGCGGCCGGAGGACUGGGCUUACCCCGUCGCGGAAAGCCGGCAUCGCUCGGACCCCGGACACUACAGUUUCUCUAUGCGAUCUCCGGAGCUCGCCGUCCCUCGGGGAAUGCAGCCUACUGAAUUCUUCCAGUCCCUGGGUGGGAAUGGAGGAAAGAACGUUCGGAUUGAGAUGGCCCAUGGCACUACCACGCUUGCCUUCAAGUUUCAACAUGGAGUGAUCGUGGCAGUGGAUUCUCGAGCCUCCGCAGGGAGUUACAUUGCCACCUUAAGGGUGAACAAGGUGAUUGAGAUUAACCCUUACCUGCUUGGCACCAUGUCUGGCUGUGCAGCAGAUUGUCAGUACUGGGAGCGUCUGCUGGCCAAGGAGUGCAGGCUGUACUACCUGCGGAAUGGGGAGCGGAUCUCAGUGUCAGCAGCCUCCAAACUGCUCUCCAACAUGAUGUGCCAGUACCGGGGCAUGGGCCUGUCCAUGGGCAGCAUGAUCUGCGGCUGGGACAAGAAGGGUCCUGGACUCUACUAUGUGGAUGAAAAUGGGACUCGGCUCUCAGGAACUAUGUUCUCCACUGGUAGUGGGAACAGCUAUGCCUACGGGGUCAUGGACAGUGGCUACAGGCACAAUCUUAGCCUUGAAGAGGCCUAUGACCUGGGCCGCAGGGCUAUUGUUCAUGCCACCCAUCGAGACAGCUAUUCUGGAGGCGUCGUCAACAUGUACCACAUGAAGGAAGAUGGUUGGGUGAAAGUGGAAAGCACAGACGUCAGUGACCUGCUGCACCAGUACCGGGAGGCCAGUCAGUAACCAGUAACCGUGGUGACUGGCAGCUGGGCAGGCCUCCUCUGGGAAAGCCUGGCCAA